UUCACUUUUGGUUACACUAAUUAACUUCAGACAAUAGGCACACGAUUUUAACGAUUGAGAGGAUCGUUAAAGUCCAUGGAGAUUUAUUUCGUAGGACAGAAUAUAAGGUAAUACCAUUCUGCGUAAACCCGCAGUGCAGGCAAGAAUGGCGUUUUGUAAUAUAAUGGUUGCCAUAAAGCAGCUCUGUAUCUCGUUUGCAGUAUUAUUAGUUCCCACCAACCCUCAACCGAGUACAUCAAGUACAUCUCCUACACCUCUGAAUGAAGAACCACCUACAGCGAAUGGCAACCCACCGACAGAUAAUGAAGAGCCAUCUUCAAAUAACGACCCAAGUACAGCUAAUGGAGAGUCAACUUCAAACAAUGACCCGCCAACAGAAACCGAAGAGCCAGCUUCAGAUAGUGACCCACAAACAACUAAUGAAGAGUAA